AUGGAAGGCUUUGAAAAUGAAGCUGAAACGACCCCAGUAGAGGAUGAUGAUGAUGGCUGGGGAACUGGUUCAAAGGAUGACUUUAAUGAGAAAACAAAAGAGCUACGGGCACUUCAAAACAGUCGACAGCUCUCCCCUCCAGCAAGCAGAACGCAAAGUGCAUCGGAAGGUGAACGAGAUCUUUUCAUUCCAAUUUUCGCAAUCGUGUCAUUACUUGGUCUUUCUGGAUCCUACGGCUAUGAAAUGUUGAGGUUGGCCUCCCGUGGAGAACUGUAUCUACCUUGGAACAACUAA